AUGGGCGCGCUCCUGCUUCUUCACGUCCUCCUCGUCGCGGUGGCGUCGAGGGCUCCUGCCGCCCAGGCAUGGGGCAAGGAGGGGCACUACAUGAGCCUCGUCUUAGCAUUUUGCACAGGGCCUCCGAUUUGGCCGGGACGCCCUGGCAAGAUCGCCGAGAGCUUUCUGACGGAAGAGGCCUCGACGGCGGUGAAGGGCCUGCUGCCGGGGUGGGCCGGCGGCGACCUCGCGGAGACGUGCUCGUGGGCGGACCAGCAGCGGUUCCGGUACCGGUGGUCCAGCCCCCUGCACUUCGCCGACACGCCGGGGGACUGCAAGUUCGACUACGCCAGUAAGCCCCUCCCGGACUCCGAUCAAACGACAUUGUUCCCUGCAAUCUUGCAGUUUCAGAAUUCAGAGUGUCCGAUCAGAUCAGGUCGCUUUGCUUCAGGAAAAACAUUAGCGCGGAUACAGCUAGAGCGAGGUCGAUCGCUUUGGGAAUUGGACGGCACGUCGCUGUCAGGCCUCAUGCGUACGUUUACUCGAUACAAAAGCAACCGGCGUGUGCCGAGUGGUUGGGCCGCAAUGGAGUUCAGGGUUCAGACGAAAAAUGCCUGAAGGAUCAUCACAAGGGAAUAUAUCUAGUAUGAUUCUGCCUGCUAAAUUACUAUCUUGAGAGGAUGCGUCGGAGCAUAGGUCUCCUUGCUCUUGCGCCAUCGUCAUCUCCACAUAUGGCAGGCGUAACCAAGUCCCUGCUUGCUCCCGCUAGAUGUUUGCUUGAUAUUGAUAGGAGUAGUGAUAGACUGUGCAAGUUGCAGUGAAGGCAUGCAGGUCUCGUGUAGUAACAGUUUUCAAACCUUCUUUUUUUUCCUCUCUAAGUAUAGAAAACAAGAACAAAACAAAGGUAGCUGAAGGUGUCAGUACAAACUGCACAUCUGUACCUGAAGUUCAGAGCUUAUCCUAUGGUUGGUACUUUUGAGCAGGGGUCGGUUGCUAGCCCAGUCGGCUAAGGCUCCCGGAUGGCACCCCCCAGGUC